AGAGGGCGUGACGAUUAUAAUAGAAGUGCUGUGUUGAAGACCAAACCGCGGUCCGAAUGCGUCAAGAUCUUGGACUUCAGGGAGGUAGAGAGUUCGGCGAAGUCGUGUCAGAUAUUGGACAAUAGAGAGGUGGUCCAGAUGAUUGCUGAUGCAGAAGUACUGGAUGGGUUGGUAACUGACAGGAGAGGCGGAAUAGGUGUCGUAAUAGUCAGAUGUAAAAAAUGA